AUGAAUAAUUUGCCGGUAUUUUAUAAUUAUCCAACUACGUUCGUCACCAUGCAAAUUAAUACCCACCACCCUGCUAUCGCGAACUGGAGCACCAAAGAAAAGUACGAGCUGAUGAAGGCCUUACGGCCUAACGAUUUGGAUAUACAUCGUUUGUUGGAGAAGAUUCCCACAAAGACACGCGCAGAAAUUGAAGCAGCCAUAAAGUUUUAUGUUAGCAUUGCAAAACACCACCCAAUGUUGGCACCACCACCACCACCUCCACCACCAAAACAAGAAAAGAAUGAUAAGAAAAGGAAGGCGGAAGCUUUAAAUGAUAGCCCACCCGAUACGUUACGCGAGUUGGAGGAAGAGCUAAAUGAAAUUAUGCCCACUAACGAACUUGUAAUGGAAACAACAACAGCUAUUCGAAUGAUUUCGGAGUAUAACAAGCCUCCCUCUAUGGAACCAGCCAACUCUUUUGACUCCAAUGAUGUUUACAAGGAGAUUGCUAACGUAAUGCAGUCUCAUUCAGGCUCACACACUGCGGAGGGUACUCUGAAUGAAAACUCCCAAGAUACAGCUGGGCGCGCCGAUGGACUUGAUUCUAAUAUGACGCAGAUUUUGAAAAAUAUCAAAGUACCCAAACGUACCUGCACGUCCACUGCAUCGGCUACCACAACCACGUUUGGGUUAGCUAGUGGAAGUGGAUCCACUUAUGAUAUGACGUCUCUCCCAUCAACCUCAGCGAUGGCAUCCACGUCUGCAGCGAUGCAUCCUGCUCGUAUCAGGCGCAGCGUAGCAACACAGCACAACCCAAUGAAUGUGUCCAACGAACACCUGACGACUCCAUCUGGAUCUUUUGAUUAUAACAAAGAUCUGUAA